AUGUGGAACAUUCCUUGUUCCAUCCUUGUUAUCUUUUUGCUUAUUCUACACCUGUUAGAUUAUGAAUAUUACGGAGUUGAUCUUUGCUUUAUGAGUUGGCAACAUCACCUGUACUACGUAAAGAAUGCUGAUUGUGCUGCUCUAGGGCAGGUGGAGACUGUGCUGCAGAGAGUCCGAAGAAUGACUCCUCUCUGGAGAUGGAUGACUUACAGACCCCUUGGAUCAUCUUGCAGGGACAAUGAUGAGUGUGGUUCAAAAUACUGCAGAGAGAAGCGCUGCUCCUUGGUUGUCCAUGAAGACUGAGUUCCAUACAGUGUCUUUGUAAAAAAAUCACAUGCAAAAAUAGUCAUGUAAAUGGAUCUUGACCAAUAUAUUUAUGUAAAUAAUCUUUGGGUGAU